AUGGGGAACCUUCCCUCCGAGCGUCUUUCUGCUUAUCAGAAGCCGUUCUCAUUCACGGGCGUCGACUAUUUUGGCCCGGUUCCCGUAGCAGUUGGUCGACGAGUCGAAAAACGUUGGGGCGUUCUCUUCACCUGUCUCACCACCAGGGGCAUCCAUCUAGAGGCUGCGCACUCCCUGACCACAUCAUCAUGCAUCUUAGCUAUACGUCGUUUCAUCGCUAGGCGUGGGCAAUCUUUGGAAUUCAUCAGCGACAACGGUACGAACUUCGUCGGUGCAUCGCGAGAGCUUGCUGAGGCCUGGGAAGCGAUAGACAAACAGCGUUUAGCGGAGGAGUUUACAACACCGCGUCUCGCGUGGAAAUUUAUCCCACCUGGUGGACCACACUUUGGAGGCUGCUGGGAACGACUAGUGCGAUCCGUCAAGAAGGCGAUGAGCGAAAUACGGAUGUCUCGGCUACCAACCGACGAAGUGUUAACGACUGCAUUAACGGAGAUCGAAGCGAUGCUUAAUUCUCGCCCUCUUACACAGGUACCACUUGACAGCGAAUCCGAGCUUCCUUUAACCCCGAACCACUUUCUGCUAGGGACAGCUAACGGAGAGGCACCGAAAGCAGUAUUCAGUGACGACAUCGCUACCCUAAAAACUACAUGGAAGGUAUCAGAGGUUAUGGCUAAUCUCUUCUGGAAGAAGUGGGUAGCAUACUACUUACCGACCUUAACGCGCAGAGUUAAGUGGCAUCAUCCGGUUCGUCCGAUUAAGGAGGGCGACAUUGUAGUGAUCGUGGAUCCAAACCUUCCCCGAAACACUUGGCCCAAGGGACGGGUAGUGGCGGUCAUCCAGUCGAGGGACGGGCAAGUCCGGCGCGCAACCGUAGCUACAAGCACCGGAAUCUACGAACGGCCGGCCACGAAGAUAGCCGUGUUGGAUGUACAACAGGAAAAUAAUACUUACGCGCCGGAGACCAACAGUCGACAGCACUAA